AUGGUGAAAGGGGCUACCGAAAAUAGUGACUUCAACUUUCAUCCUAAAUGUGCACCUCUAAGGAUUAUGCAUUUAGCGUUUGCGGAUGACUUGAUGCUUUUUGUUAGAGGGGAUGUGAUGUUGGUCAAUAUCUUGAUGAAUUGCCUAUCAAACUUUGGUGCCAUGUCGAGUCUCAAUAUAAAUGUUGGGAAAUCUUAUUUGUACACCGUGGGAGUUCACGGUAAAGAUUGGAAGAUAUCCGCAUUAACAAAUCUUUCUAAGGGUACCAUGUCGUUUCGCUUGAAAUCGACUUCUUCAUUAUCAUAUACGGAGACAGAGUUAUUUGUUAGAGCUAUUCUACAAGGAGUAGAAUGUUUUUGGUUAUCCAUAUCUUCCAUCCCAGCAACGGUGUCUUCUAAAAUCAUUAAUAUGUGCCAAAGCUUCCUAUGGGGAUCUAAAAAACCGUUGGUUGCUUUGAAUCAAAUUUGCUUACCAAAGCAUGAAGGUGGGCAUGGUUUUAGAAACAUUAAAAGUUGGAUGUUGCACUACUCUCCAAAAUACUUUGGAACAUCCAUAGCAAUAAUGAUACUCUUUGAAUUAAAUGGAUAA